UCUGUUGAAGAAGACAAUUGACAUGGAUCUGAGAAUACCAUCAUCAGUUGGGAAGUAGGCAGCUACAGAAAUAUUUUAUAAAAACUUAUUUGUUAAUCACAAGUUUGGUAUCCACUUAACCAUCUCCUACUCUUCACUAUCAUUCUUUUGGGUCUCCCUCCAUAUUAUAUUUCCCUCUAUCUCAUUACUUAAACUCUCCGAAUCCAGUUUUCCCAAACCAUAUCACAGAAUGGCUGGUGGAACAGCUCUGAAUCCGACCUCUGUUGGGUCCAAGUCAGUUCCUGUCAGAAACCAGGAGCCUGAGAGAGGAAACAGUAACCAGAACAUGGCCAAAGCUGUUCAACCGGUCUCAGUCAUUGAGGGAGAGAUGGCUAAGCGGCCGAGAGGGAGACCAGCUGGCUCGAAGAACAAGCCAAAGCCUCCUAUCAUUGUGACCCACGAUAGCCCGAAAGCUCUCAGAGCUCACGCCAUGGAGAUCAGCUCAGGCUGUGAUAUCUGCGAGGCAUUGGCUGAUUUCGCAAGAAGGAAGCAGAGAGGACUCUGCAUUCUCAGCGCCAAUGGCUGUGUUACCAAUGUCACGAUCAGGCAACCAGCUUCUUCGGGUGCAAUCGUGACAUUGCAUGGCCGUUUCGAGAUUCUGUCACUGCUGGGAUCGAUCUUGCCUCCACCUGCACCUCCAGGGAUCACUGGUCUGACCAUUUACUUAGCCGGGCAUCAGGGACAGGUGGUGGGUGGUGGAGUGGUUGGAGGGCUUAUUGCUUCUGGCCCUGUCGUCCUCAUGGCCUCAUCGUUCAUGAACGCUGUCUUUGACCGUCUUCCUUUGGACGACGAUGAAUCUGCUAUCCAGAAUCAGAAUUACUACCAGAAUGGCAGAUCCCUCCCCUUGGAUGACAUGUAUGGACUUCCACCGAACCUGCUCACAAAUGGCAAUGGACCUUCUUCUGAUAUUUACGGUUGGGCGCCUGCUCGGGCCGUGCCAAAACCUUAAGUACUCCUCCUCUUCUAUGAUUGUGUUUGUCAUAGCUCGUGUCCUUUGUUUUUUCUAACUUCUUCUGAUUGAGUUCAAUGUUCUGAAGCUGGAACUGCGAGUUUUGGUAGAACUGCAGCUCAUCUUCCCUCCAUUUGUAUCUACAAAAUUGAAAGAGGAGCCAAAAAAAAAAAAAGAAUCAAAGUGUGCACCUUUAACCUUAUGAAAACGUUAAGUUGAUAACAAGAAUAUUUUAUGAUCUAACUUAACUAGAAGGAACAUAAGUAUAAGCAACAUAUGCCA